AUGUCGCAGUUCAUAUCCCUCCUGCCGCCAACCGCGUCGCUGUCCGCCUCGUACGACCCCACCAAGCUGGCUGCCGACCAGCCUGCCCGCGACAUCCCCACAACUUUCAAGGAUGCCAUGACCGUUCGCGAGCGUGUCUUCGUCGAGGAGCAGGGCGUGCCUUUGGAGAACGAGUUUGACGACGAUGACCCGCGUUGCUUCCACUGGGUCGUGUAUGCUUCGGUCGGGACGUCAAGCAGCUCCAAUGGCAACGGUAGCAACAGCGCCUCGCCUCUGUCCAACGGCACGCACAACGACUCCGAAUCCCCUUCGCCACAGGAAGAGCGUCGUCAGAGCGAUCCCACGGCCAACCGCGUCGCCGUUGGCACCAUUCGCCUUGUCCCACCGCCUCACCCGCCGCACCCCGCGCCCUCUGACCACCACAAGCUUGACAAUUCUCUGCACGCUCCUGCCACCGGUAUGCAGGCUAAUGGCUCUCGCGCCUCUGAACCAUACAUCAAGUUGGGUCGUCUGGCCGUUCUGCCAGCAUACCGCAAGCUAGGACUGGCUGCACUGUUGAUGCGCACCGCCUUGGACUGGGCUGCGCAGAACAGCUACCAGAUCCUAAGCCCACCACGUCCUGAGGAAGUGGAACUGGCAAAGGCCGAGGGUCGAGACGUGGAUCUCGAGUCCUGGAAUGGUCUCGCCCUGGUGCACGCACAAAUCCAGCUCGAGAGGUUCUACAGCCGGUUUGGCUUUGUCAAGGAUGAGGAGAUGGGAGAGUGGGACGAAGAAGGAAUUCAGCACAUUGGCAUGUGGUCAACACUGAAACUACGGGAGUAG